UCUGCAGGCUGCUCCCUGACUUGUGCUGCGGGACAGGGAAGAAGUCCAGCAACGUGCUCAGCUGCAGGUCAGCAGUGUUAGUGCUGGGGGAGAUCUGCAGUCAGUAAACAGCCAGUGCAGGAGCAGCUGAUGGAUAAAUACAGAGGAUGGGAUCAGGCUACCUCAUAGGAGAUUAGAGCAUCUGUUUGGGGGACAAGGCAGGGGAAGGGCUGUGGGUUACAGAAUAAACCUCUAAACACAAACUACUGGAGGCACAAAAGUGCCAAGCACUGGGUAUAGUGAGGAUCUGCAGUGUUGUUAGCGAGCGUUAUGGAAAGGAUUAUUGCGGGUUACUUGUGAUCGGUCAGGGACAGGAACUUUCUUUUUUACCCAAUAAAGGGCGAAUGAUCAGACCCCAACAGGCCACAGACUGCAGUGAUUACCCACUCGUGCCCCUUCCCUCCCUGGCAAUGCGUAUUGCCCCUUGGGUAUAACCAGCACUAACUGGCAGCACAAUGUUCCUGCCGCCAGUCAGAAAAGGCUUCUCCAUAGAGGCUCUGGUGGGUCCGGAUCGUAGCCCAGAAGAGCCCCUGAGACCCACCGCUCUCAAAUACCUGGAGCCCAUUCACUCUCUGUCAGGGGGUCCAUUGCGACCAGGGAUCCGUUUCCUCGGAACCUCAGAUCUAGUUUUCCCGGAGACACCAACUCAUCCUUUUGGAGCUAGUCUGGGAAUCCCCCAGCAACGGAUCCUGCACCGCGACCCACUGAGCUUCUGCCCCUGGAUCUUGCGGCACCGACUGCCUGGAGAGGAAAAUACCCCAGAAAAUUAUUUGCUAAAUGGACCUUUUUCAAGAAAACCUAAAAGGAUACGAACAGCAUUUUCACCCUCCCAACUCCUACGUCUUGAAGGAGCUUUUGAGAAAAACCAUUAUGUAGUUGGGGCAGAGCGAAAACAACUUGCAAACAACUUAUGUCUGACAGAGACUCAGGUAAAAGUCUGGUUUCAGAAUAGAAGAACCAAGCAUAAGCGUCAAAAAUUAGAAGAGGAAUGUCCAGAGUCCCAGCCAAAGAGAAAAAGUAGUCAACAUAUUAGCCGAUGGAGGAUGGCUACAUGUCAGGACAGCCCCAAGGACAUUGAUGUCACAUCAAAUGACUAAGAAAACUUAUUGCAUAUGGACAUAUAAUGCCUGUACAUGGAACUUAACACUGGCGGCAAGUAGAUGUUUUGACGGCACAUUAAUUUGAAGUCUGUUCUUGUCAUGUUCUACAAUUACAUGAUACAUUAACCACUGGACAGAACUUUAAUGUUUUUUGGAUCCUCUGACAUCUAUUGUUCGUUUGUUUGACUUUCCACAUUUAGUACAACCUUGCACUCUAAAAGGGAAAGACUGAAAUUCUAUUCAUUGUGAUGAGGACUAAACAUCACACUGGAUGCUGGGAUUUUUUUUUGAAAAGCCAUUAUAAUGUGUACCUCAGGAAUCCCCUUCAUUAAUUAUAUGGAGCAAAUGUAAAUAAAUAUUUAACAUAAAAUAUGUGUAGUUCCAAGGGGACAGCUGCAUAUUGAGAUAUGAAGUAAACCUGAUUUAAAUUCUUCAAAUCUAAUUUACACAUAGGAAAAAUAAUCUGCCUCAAGAUUGAUAUGUCAUUUUAUGUAAAAAGUCUCCAUCAGUAUUUUUUUUGCACUGGAGCAUCCGCAGUAAAAUAUAUGUUAUAUCCCAUGGACUCCAAUAGGGUAAAUUAAAUGAUAUAUCAUUAAAAUAUUAUGAGUGAUAUAGUGA